CGGGAGAUAACUCUAACUUAAUAGUUUGACAACGCUAGUUUCGAUUUCAACAAAGACGGAAGUGAUAUUCGACCGACAGUGUUCUUUGCAUCAAAGGUCAUCAGCUAGGGUCAAGGGGAAGGUGUCAGUAUACCAUAACUCACAUAAAACAGAGAUGCUUCCUGUUUGGUUCUACCAGCUAGUCAUGGUGACGGUUUUACACUCAUGUACUGCCAGUGUUAGCGUUAAACAACAUUCCAAAGAUGAUACGUUGUAUGAAAUAUCCGAAAACAGGAGAAGAGGCAACACACAGAUAAGGCUUGAGGACAGUGGGCAUGCUAUUAACUGUGGUCCAACGGCAAAUAAAAUGGACUUCAGCUGGUCUCCAAAGACCUUACAUAAAACGACGAAUCCACUAUCAGUUACACUGGAUAUGCUGGCUACUGUUGAUCUCAACUCAGGAUAUGUCCAGCUCAAUGUAACGGACAAAGUAGCACCGGACACCCCAAUAUUUCAGGUUAACCGAACAGGAGGUUGCCAGAGCCUGCAGAAGUUUGGAUUCCAAAAUCUCAACUGUCCUGUUAAGGCAAACGACCAAAUAAAGACAUCCAUCAUGAAAACAGAUGUACCAACUCUUCCGGAGGGCGAGUUUAUUAUCAUGAUCGUCGUUACAAAUGAGAACAAAGAACUGUUUCUAUGCAUGAAGGCAGACGUCACAAUCCAGCCCUGAUCUAUCGUGGUACGGUAACCUGAUUCAAGCUUUGCUCAGCUGUAACGCAUAUCUACUGUAUAACAGUAUGUACGAUUGUAUCGUAGGGAAUUCGAUUACUUUUUAUAUAUUUUGUACACGUAAAAACGUUAUCUUCACACAUUAUUUUGACAUAACUAAUCAUUUCACACAACAUUGUAAAACAUCUCUUCUAGGAAGAUGGAAUUAUGCUGUUUCGUCAACAGUUAUUGUAAAUACUGCGUCUGCCAAUGUUUACACAAAAACACCGAUCUGCAGGCGAUGUAUGUGUAUGCGAUUUAUAAACAUUCUAUAAGCAUGCGUGUGUGACUUACGAAUGCUACUUCAGACUUGGGGAAGGACGUGACUAUAUACAUGAUACAUGUUCAUAUGAAGCGACUUAUGUUAUCCCCCUUACAGAUUCGAAGGCUUUCUGCGUCCUCUGCUAGGGACACGUUGGAGAGACUAUGGUAAAUCUUCUUCCCCCAAUUCGAUACAUUGGACAUCAAUAUUUUCCUUUUCUCCUAUCUACCCUCUUCUUGUUGGUACUUUCUGUACGUCGGUGGUGUUUCUCUGGGAACUCCGGCUUUCCUUCACCACCAAAACCUGGCAUGUCCUUAAAUGACCAUAGCUGUUGAUGGACGUAAAACACAAAGAAACCAAACCAAACCUGGUGUCUCCCUAGGGACCCGUCUCCAUAGGACCUUUUCUGUGUAAAUGUUGUAUAAUACUGGUAUUGUUCUGGAUGAUGCUGAAUGUUAUUCCAUACUAAAGGUAUCAUGUGAUUGAUACCAAUGUCCUGCACGUUGCUUCUUAUUAAUCAAAUGUAUAAUAUCCUUGUCAUGGUGGCCAUACAGUAUAUAUUUGACUGUCAAUAUCAUUUUUUUUUUCUUUGUUAUGUGAAGUGGUGUACAUAACAGUACGUAUUUAAUUUGUUUCAUUUUUGAGCUGUUUGUUGGAUAUUCUUUCGUUAUGUUUAAUGUUAUCAGUAAUUUGCUGUUAUUUUCCCUUGUUUUUAUGAUCUUUUGUCAGUUCUAUAAUCAGUCAAUAGUAAAACAGUGUGGAUGUUUUUAAAAUAUGUGUAACUGGGGAUCGUCAACAGCAUCGCGAAAACAUGAUAAGCUUGUGUUUUGGUAUGGAAGUAUGUGGGCGAGUUACAUAUAUGUAGGUUUUUUCUUUGCAAACAAUGUGUUGUUUUAUACAGUGACGUAAAACAUAAGAUAAACGGAAUCUCAAACUUAUUUUUAUUCCGUCUUAGUUUAGUCAAUCUCAAUUAAAAUUGUUUUGUCAAAAUCAAAUGUGACAAGAACUAAAUUGAAAUCCUCUUUGUAUUAUUUUGCUCUUUGAUUCAUAUGAUUUACAUAUGAUAAGAUCCAGAAGGCAUUUAUUUAUGAAUUCGAUACUAAAAUACAAGUAGAAUGGAACUAUUGUUUCACUAUAAUUAACUUCUAUGAAUAUACUGUAGAUAAUAUUAGUUUAUAUUUCUUUAUUCAUUAGCCUCUGGUCUAUCAUUUUUGUUUUCUGAAUGAAAAUGAAUUGUUUAAUGAGAUAUUUGUAACAGAUGUGAUCUGUACUACGUGGACACUUGUAAAACAUGUCGUAAGUCUAAUGCGGUUUUGCUACAGAUGAUAAUUUUUCUUGGUUUUUUUUUUAUCUCUUUGAUUAAUAAAACUAAACAAUUGAACAAAAAGGGUUGCUGCUCUUUUUGUGUUAAUUGUUUUAUGCUAUAGAAUGAUAAGAAAAUAUCUGGAAGCUAAUGUGAAUUCUUGUCUUUUAAGUUGUAAAUACAAAUUAAAACAAAUAUAAAUUAGUGUCAAUCAAUUUGUUUAUUUCAGUGCGUUACCAAACUGUAUGUAACAAUAUUUAUUUGAUUAUUUCUGAUGAUAAAUAAAACGAUUGCUGUUAUAAAUAU